AUGAGACGAAGAAGAUUAGUUUAUGAAAGGACAAAAAGGAAGAAAUUACACUUCGGAGCUACUGAUAAAGAUUAUGGUCUGGCAGAACCUUUGAUUGAGACAAUAAGCGAGGAACUGCUAAAUGAGAAAAAACUUGAUUUUAUUCAAAAGUUAUCACUUGUAAAUAAAAAAGAUAUCGAGAAAAAAACAAGAGACCAAAAUAAAAAUGUUGAGUGGUUCCAAGAACGUAAAAUUAGACUUACAGCAUCUAAAUUUGGGGAGUUAUGCAAAAUGAAACCAUACACAAGCUGUAAAAAGAAAGUCCAUUCAAUGUUGUACAAACUUCCAGCUAAGUCCAAAGAAAUGGAUCACGGAAUAGAAUUUGAGUCACAUGCAAGGACACAAUUUCAAAAUAUGUUCAACUUGCAAGUAACCUUAUGUGGUCUUAUUGUCGAUCCUGAAUUACCUUACUUAGCUGCAAGUCCAGAUGGUUUAGUUGAAUCAAACUCAAUCAUAGAGAUAAAAUGUCCAUACACAGCAAGAGAUACUGUAGAUGCAGUGUCUGCAGUAAAUAAUAAACUUUUGCAGUAUUGUAUUGUAUCAGAAAAUAAUAAAAAAAUGAAAUUAAAAAAAAACCAUGAUUACUACUAUCAGAUCAUUGGACAGUUACACAUUACACAAAAAGAAAAGUGCUAUUUUAUUAUCCACACUAAGAAUUGGACAAAUGUGGAAAUAAUUUUGUAUGACAAUGAAUUUUGGAAUACACAAAUGGCUAAUAAACUGAAAUUAUUCUAUACAAAUUGCAUUCUGCCAGAAAUAGUAGAUCCACUUUUUGGAAGAAGACUAAGUGUAGAGGACAUAAGGGAUCCACCUAGUAUUUUAGAGGCACAAAAAGUUCAAAACGAAAAAUUAGCAGCAAACCGUCAUGUGAAAAAAAAAUUAAAAACUAAAAAUAAAAAUCUUUUAUGA